AUGGCCGCUGUCCAUACCCUGCAUAACAUGACUCUCGGCCAACAAAACAAGAUGUACAACGUCAUCCAACAACAUUCGCCUCAGCAGCCGAACUGUGUGAUCGUCUCCACCGGGAUGAACCAGGCUACGAAGACGGUCAUCCAGAACAAGAGACCUCUGGCGCCGGCACCGGCCCCAGAGCGCACCUCCGUUCUGGUAACCAACAACAGUGAUCCAAGGUGCAAGAGGAAAAUCCAAUUCAUGCCGUACGGGGCUUCCCCUCAGCAGCCGGCCUCCGUUGCCAGGAGGAACGCUCGCGAAAGAAACCGUGUUAAACAAGUGAACAAUGGAUUCGCCACCCUCAGGCAGCACAUCCCUGCCAGCGUUGCCGCCGCCUUCAGUCCACCUGGAAUUCCUACAGGUGGUCGAGGCGCCAGCAAAAAGCUGAGCAAAGUUGACACCCUUCGUCUGGCAGUCGAAUACAUCAGGAGUCUGCAGCAGAUGAUCGACGACCACGAGACCGAGUUGUCCUCGCAAAGUGGAAGUGAACACAACGUUAUGGACAGUAGAUACUACUCGAGCAGUCCUGAGACGAUGAACCAUCAACAAUACACCUACCCCGUCAUGCUACCAACUCCAGCCUGUUCAGAGGCCUCCACCUCUCCGACACCGUCCCACAGCUCGGACGGAUCCCUUAACCACAACACCGCCUACGUUCCGAACAUCCUCUACCAUAAUCAUCAAGACAACUACGAAAACUACGACCCCAAGAGCCCCGAAGACGAAGAGCUCCUCGAUGCCAUAUUCUCAUGGCAGCACGACUAA